AUGAUCCAGGCGAUUGCGGCCUUCUCCGGUGGCCUCUGGGUGCAGAACAAGCUGAGCGACCUGCAGCUUCCACAGCUGAGUCGCCGCAUCAACGAGGCGGAGACCUUCAAGCUGUCGGUGCAGGUGGUCGCGGCGUCAAUCCCAGGGCUCUCAGACUCCGGGCUGCUCACCCGGGAGCGGCCGCGCGUGAGCGCGCUGCUGAAUGGCGUGCGGAAGGAGACCGAGUUCGGCGACUGCGACGCAGACGAGGUCCUGGCACUCCCAGGACCCGGAUGUGAGGAUUUGCCUCCCUGCGAUUGGCAGUUCAACGAAACGCUCACCUUCGCUGUGACCGUGGCGGAUGUGCUGGCCGGCCAGACGGUGCAGCUCUGGAUCCACACCUACAGCGACGUCCGCUUUGGGCCAUUUCAAGUGAAUCUCACCAGGGCGCGGGACGUGGGCGUGUGCUCCGUGGAGCUUCAGAAGCAGGUGCUGCCGGAGUGCGUCGCGUCUGAGGAAUCAGGCGACUCCACCAGACAUCAGGUGGAUACCACGCCCAGACGGAAAGGCACCUACUCCUGGGAGACGCCAGUCCUACCCUUCCCGUUGACCCAUGUGGGUGGCGCUGGAGGGGCGGGGGACUUCGUCCUCGGUCAGGCUGCGGGGCAUUUGCUGGUGAAGUUCAGCAUGAAUGCGGACCCACAGGCGAUGCUCCUGCGCCGUGACCGUGCGUCGCGGCCCUUGGUGGAGCGGGUAGCUGAUCCGUUCCGGCAGAUCAUCGCGGCCCCCGUGAGGUGGGUGGAAACGGCCACGGAGUUUGCGAAGUGCGACGGCGACGAACUGUACUGCGGUGUGGGACGUGGCUACCGGGAGUCCGGGGCUGCUUGGGAAUCGGUGGGGGAGCUUUCAGACGCCUCCACCCUGGGAUCGGCCGCGCAUGUGCGGGGGCGGAAGGGACGAGCGAGCGAGGAGCAGCCUGAGCGUGUCGUCAGCAUCAAUGGUUGUGUGGCAGGCACAGAGGAGGAUGCGGUGCUACGGCUGCCUUCCAAGGAGAAGGUUGCCUUUAAGGAGGGGACCCACGUUUUCAAACUGGAUUUGAACAAGGGGGCUGAGGCCACCGGGUCCCAGCCCUUGGCACGACGCUCCAGCAGAAGUCUGGAGUCAAUCACUGCCGCAGCCCCAGCGGGCAUGCAGCUGGCGCGGACCAGCAGCCCAUUGGAGGUGCCAGCAGGCCAAAGUGUUCCUUCCACUGUCCCUUUGAGACAGCCUGGUGCCCCACAAGCGCAAGCACCUGCGUCACAGCAGAGCUUGUCACAGCAGCAAGCACCACAGCAGGUGCAGCAGCAAAGGCCACAGCAGGUGCAGCAACCUUCACAGCAGGUGCAGCAAACAUCACAGCAGGUGCAGCAGCCGGCACCUCAGCAAGAGCAGCAAGCGCAGCAACCGCAGCAAGCACGACAGCAAGCACAGCAAGCAUCACAGCAGGUGCAGCAACAGACGCCGCAGAUGGUUUCGCGACAGCCACAGCAAGCACCACAAGCACUGAUGCAAACCGCACCGGCUGGUUAUCCCUCUGCAUUUUCGAGCCAGUCCGGUACGGGCUCUCAAUCUCUUCAGCUCUAUCGGAUGCUCACACCGCCACCCACCGAGUCGCAGUUACCCAGGGCCAGCGGGCAUGCGCCGGUGAUGCGACAACCGACCAUGCCGGUGAUACCGACGCAAAAGCCGCCCGUGGCCCACGUCGUCCGAAAGGGAGCAGAAGGCUCCUUUGUGACGGUCCGCCCGGCCAGGGCGACCUUUGCCGCACAGGUGCCUCCGAAUCCGCUGCCGGGGGCCCAGAGGAAGAUCAGGGGCGCCGCCUCUCAGAUGCAGCGGCGGUUUCACCUGCAUGGGAUUCAAGCUCGACGCGACCAGAUGCAGUGCCCAUGUGCGGCACCCCUGCGUGUGGCGCCUUCGCGCCACGGUUUUGAGGCGGUCGCUGCGCCCGAAGGCCGGGCAGCCAGCCGGCAGACCUCUCUUCGGCCAGCGCUGGUGCCAGCGCUUGCGCUGCCGGUGCUGGCGGCAACCGGUCGCAGGGCAGCGCGAGUGGGAAGGAGGAGCUGGGCGAAGGGCCGAAACUUGGUCGGGACCAACACCAAGGAGACCUCCAAUGCGCUGCCGGAGGACAAGAGGAUUUCGAUCCUGGGAUCGACUGGCAGCAUUGGCACUCAAACCUUGGACAUUUGCCGGCAGUUCCCGGGGCGGUUCAAGCCUGUGGCCCUGGCGGCAGGCCGCAACAUUGAGCUGCUCUUGGAACAGAUCAAAGAGUUUAAGCCCCAGAUGGUGGCCUGCGAUGAGUCGAAGUUGGAUGAACUCAAGGAAGGUGUCAAGGCCUUGGGCAUCCCAGACUACGAGCCUGUCCUUUUGAGUGGCCCCGAGGGGCAGAUCGAAGUGGCCCGACAUCCGGACCGCUGUGCCUGCCUAAACGAUCGGCCCAGGACUGCAAGACGGUGGUCACUGGCAUCGUUGGCUGUGCAGGGUCUGGACGCCCAGCAAACGCUGCAAGUCUUGCCCGCACCGGCGAUGGAUGCGACCAUGGCACCUCUGGUUUUCAUCCAGAUGGGUGGCACCAUCGACAAGGGCUACCCCAGAAGCCUCAAGGGCUAUGCCUUCGAGAUCGGCGACCCGGCGGCGGUGCGCAUCGCGGAGCGUGCACGCCUGGAUGGCGAUGGUCUGGUGUUCCAGAGCGUGUGCCGGAAGGAUAGCCAGGAGGUCACUGAUGAGGACCGAAAACAGCUGCUCCGCUGUGUGCUAGAGCUCAAGGACAAAGCCCGCGUGGUGGUGACACACGGCACUGACACGAUGAUCACCUCAGCUCAAGCCCUGGCAGCGGGCCUUGCAGCGGCAGCAAGGGACCUGGUGGUGGUCUUCACUGGUGCCAUGCUUCCGGAGGAGUUCCGCCGCAGCGACGCCGACUUCAACCUGGGCUUCGCGACGUGCGCGGCGCAGACGGCGCCUAGGGGGGUCUACGUGGCGAUGGGUGGACGACUCUUCCAACACGACCAGGUGAGUCGCGAUGAAGAGGGACGCUUCGUGGGAAGAUUCAGUUUGUGGAAGUUGACAACAAAAAAGGAAUUGCCCCGCAAGAUUGAUGGCACAAGGCUGACAGUGGCGAAGAUCUUGCACAAUCUGUUGGCAGCAGAUCACCUCGAGCUGAUCCCCACCAUUGAAGCGAUCAAGGCGAAGAAGGACAUUGCUCUAGCCAACAAGGAGACCAUCAUCGCCGGGGGUCCGGUGAUCGCGCCGCUCAUCGAGGAGUACGGCGUGAGCAUGUUGCCGGUGGAUUCGGAGCACUCGGCCAUCUUCCAGUGCAUGCAGGGCAUCCCCAAGGGCGGUGUGAAGAAGAUCAUCCUCACGGGCAGUGGUGGCACCUUUCGAGAGAUGUCCUUGGAGGACAUGAAGAAGGAGGAUCCUGAAGUGCUCCGGAAGCGUUCCACAACACACCCCAAUUGGGACAUGGGCGCCAAGAUUACCGUCGAUUCGUCCACCAUGAUGAACAAAGGCUUGGAGGUCAUCGAGGCGCACUGGCUCUAUGGUGUAGACUACGAUGACAUCGAGGUGGUGAUCCACCCGCAGUCCAUUGUGCACAGUGCGGUGGAGUGCCAGGACACCGCCAUUCUGAUGCAGACCGGUUGGCCAGACAUGCGCCUUCCCAUCCUCUAUGCGCUGUCGCACCCCUCCCGCGUGCCGGCAGACCUGCCGAACCCCCGCGACGGGCGGAACUUCGACGACUGGUGGAUCGGUGAUGGCAAAGAUGGGAAGCUGACCUUCGGAAAGCCCGAUCUCGAGAAGUAUCCUUGCAUUCGACUGGCCUACCGUGCUGGGCGGAUUGGAGGGACAAUGCCGGCCAUCCUCUCGGCGGCCAACGAGCAGGCAGUAGAGCUCCUCCUCACCAAGGCGCGAGCGUCGCUCGUGUCGCUCCGUUGUUUGUGA